ACUGCCAUGGCCCAUGGCACGACGCGCCGUGCCGUGCAGUGCGCGCAGUCCGACCAAAUCAUGGCCUAAUCACGCCGGAAAACCACGUAAGCCCGGCCGGCCGCGCGCCUGCCCUCUCCGGCCCACACACGAUCCUACUCCUGGGAGUAUAAAAUUAUUCUCGUCGCCUUGGAAAGCUCUGCGCUCCUCCCUCCUCUGGUUUGCUCCAUGUUACAUGUUGCUUCCGUCCCUUCACGUGUCGCCCCCAUCGAUCGCCCCAGCCAGGUGACACAAGCAAUAGCAGCUGCAGCAACCACGUACGUACGUACGCACGACGCAAACCUCGUCGUUCGAUCUGGUCAUGGCGAGCUAGAUAGCUAGUGAUCUAUAUCCACCUCUCCCGCGUUUGUGCGUGUCUUCAUCAUCAGAUCCUUGGGGGUUUCUUGGUAAGGGGGCGCUAUGGCAUUGGAGGCCGUGGUGUUCUCGGGAGGAUUCUGUGGGUACGGUACCGGCAUUGAGUUGGAGGGGAGCAACGCCUGCUGGGCCGCCUCCCUCAUGAUCCCGGGCGCGGAAGUCCCGCGCGGCAGUUCCUCCUUGGCAGCGCUGCCGCCGCCGGUCCGCGGCGGUGGUGAUCGUGGAGGCGCGGAGGGCGCUGAGGGCGAGGCGGUGGUGGCGGCGGCGACCUCGGGUGCGGCCGGCAGGAGGAAGCGGCGCAGAGCGAGGAGCGUGAAGAACGUGGAGGAGGCGGAGACCCAGCGGAUGACCCACAUCGCCGUCGAGCGCAACCGCCGCAAGCAGAUGAACGAGUACCUCGCCGUGCUCCGCUCCACCAUGCCGCCUUCCUAUGUCCAAAGGGGAGACCAGGCGUCCAUAAUUGGCGGCGCAAUCAACUACGUCAAGGAGCUGGAGCAGCUGGUCCAGUCCCUGGAGGCGCGCUGCCACGCACGCCUCCGCAACCCCGUCCUCGACGACGUCUCCGCCGCCGUAGCAGUACCCUUCGCGGACUUCUUCACCUUCCCGCAGUACACAAUGAGCGUCCUCCGCCCUCACGUCCCGGACCCCGCCGUCGCAGCGGCAUCUGCGGGCGAAACGGCGACCGACGCCGACGAGAUGGCGACGGGCUCGAAGCAUUCGGCCGUGGCGGACAUCGAGGUGACCAUCGUGGAAAGCCACGCCAACCUGAAGCUGCUCUCCCGGCGGCGGCCGAGGCAGCUGCUGAGGAUCGUGGCCGGGCUGCAGGGCCACCGGCUCGCCGUGCUGCACCUCAACGCCACCAGCGCCGGCCACAUGGCCCUCUACUCUCUCAGCCUCAAGGUGGAAGACGACUGCCGGCUCUCGUCGGUGGACGAUAUCGCGGCGGCGGUCCAUCGCAUCGUCGAGAUGAUCGCGCGAGAGGAGGAGCACAAGGAAGCGAGCCGUAGCUAGCUACCUAGACCUAGACCUAGACCUAGACCUAGGCUGAGUACGUUGGUAGAUCAUUAGAAAUCAAUCAAUCAAUUAGCAGUGCCAUUGCAUAUAGGAGCAUAUAUGGAUGUAAGAUUUCAGUAGCUACUUGUAGUGCACCUAGCUAGCUAGCUUGCUUGAUCAGUGUAAUGUACGUUCUGUACUCUGGCUUUAUAUGUACUUCCUCCAUUCACGAAUAAGUGUACGUUUAUUUUGGAAAGUCCAAUAUUUUUAAGUUUAA